CGGUAGCGGCGGCGGCAGUAGUGGUAGGCGGCGGCAGCGGCGGCAGCGGCGGUAGCGGUAGCAGCGGCAGCGGCAGCAGCGGUAGCGGUAGGCGGCAUCCAAGGCGGCAUCUGUGUGGUGGCUGUGGUAGCCCGGGGUGCGGGACUGAGAGCUAAGGCGGCCACGCCCUGCAGGUCGGCCAGGGCUGGUGGCUGGGCCAGGGGCGGGCAGGCCGCACGAGCAAGGCUGCGGCCCGCGAGCUGAAGGCGUCUCUGCCGCCGUGCUUAGGCCUCAGUCUUCACCUCGGCUCCGGCCCGAGUCCCUCCCGACCCCGCUGAUCUCCCCCCGCCCCCGUUGCCUCCGCCAUGGCUUGGGUACUGAAGAUGGAUGAGGCGGUAGAAGCGGGCCUGGUGCACGACUUCGACGCCAGCCUGUCGGGCAUUGGGCAGGAGCUGGGCGCCGCCGCCUACAGCAUGAGCGAUGUGUUGGCCCUGCCCAUUUUUAAGGAAGAAGACUCUGGCCUUCCGUUGGAUGGUGACCCCAAACAGCCACCCUUUCAGUACAUUCUGUGCGCUGCCACAUCCCCUGCGGUCAAACUGCACGAUGAAAGCCUCACUUACCUGAACCAAGGUCAGUCCUACGAAAUCCGGAUGCUGGACAACCGGAAAGGGGGAGCUGUGCCUGAGAUCACUGGAAAGUUGGUGAAGAGCAUCAUCAGAGUUGUGUUCCAUGACAGACGGCUACAAUAUACAGAGCACCAGCAGCUAGAAGGCUGGAAGUGGAAUCGCCCUGGAGACCGGCUGCUUGAUCUCGAUAUUCCAAUGUCUGUUGGUGUCAUUGACAUAAGAACAAAUCCAGGCCAGUUAAAUGCAGUUGAGUUUCUUUGGGACCCUGCAAAACACACAUCGGUAUUUAUCCAGGUCCACUGCAUCAGCACAGAGUUCACUCCUCGCAAGCAUGGAGGUGAGAAAGGGGUCCCUUUCAGAGUCCAAGUUGACACUUUUAAACAGAAUGAAAACGGUGACUACACUGAUCACCUGCACUCAGCCAGCUGCCAAAUUAAAGUUUUUAAGCCUAAAGGAGCAGACAGAAAACAGAAAACAGACCGAGAAAAGAUGGAAAAGAGGACGGCUCAUGAGAAAGAAAAGUACCAGCCUUCAUAUGAUACAACCAUCCUCAGUGAGUGCUCCCCAUGGCCCGUCACAAGUGCAUCCUAUGGCAGUGACAGCCCUGCGCCUGCUCCCACUUUCACCCCUGCUCAGCACAGCACCGGCAGUGCCCCAGAAAACAAUUCUUCUUCUCCAAACCAUCAAGGAGAUGGAAUUUCCCAAGGCUCCACUGAACAACUUCACCCAUCAGCCACCAUUCAGGAAGCCCAGCAAUGGCUGCUCAGGCACAGGUUUUCCAACUAUGAGAGGCUCUUCGCCAAUUUCUCAGGUGCAGAUUUACUGAAGUUAACAAGAGAGGACCUUGUACAGAUCUGUGGCCCGGCUGAUGGCAUUCGGCUCUACAAUUCACUGAAGUCAAGAACAAUUAGGCCUCGUCUCACCAUCUACGUCUGCCAGGAGCAGCCUAGGAGCACACAGCUAGAAAGACAACCAGACGCAAGCCACGGGGAUCAGAGCAAUGAGGCAGUCUAUGUUUAUCACGCGAUCUACCUGGAGGAGAUGGCAGCCUCAGAAGUCAGGCAGAAAUUGGCUUCAGCAUUUAAUGUUCCUCUACAACAGAUUAACCAGGUCUACAGACAGGGUCCCACUGGAAUUCACGUUCUCCUUAGUGACCAGGUGGUUCAAAAUUUUCAAGAUGAGAGUUGUUUCUUAUUCACCACUGUAAAAGCGGAAAAUAGUGAUGGCUUCCACAUCAUUUUGAAAUGAAACCACAUGCUGGCCCUCGCUUCACCCUCCUUGUAUGGAGACUGGACCUGAGGGACUCUGGGAUGAAACUUCAUCACUUACAGAUGUAUCAUAUUGAAAACUCGAGGUAAUCUUUGUGAUGUGCUGCCCAAGAGGGUGGAUUUGCUUUUUGUCAUUGUCAUUACCACAAGUCCUCCCGGUAGUGCAACGUCCUGAGCCAUGGUGAGGUGCAGAGAUGGACAUGGGCCACUGCCGGGCCCCUUUGCCCUUGGCCAGGCCUAGUAGCCACCUCACUCUCCGUGAUACUGUGUCCAGUUUGGAAAUUAAUGUAGCCCCUCCUGUGCCUGUUUAGUUGUCCCUGUUUAUACUCCCAGUGACUUGGGGAGGCCUGGGGACAGAGGAGCAGGUUGCCUGGAAAUCUGGGCAGAGAUAAAUGGGGCUGGAAAUGCCACUGUGUUGUGGGUCAGUCCCCACUACAAGCCAAUGGUAAUUGUUUGGGGGGGAGGGGCAUGUGAGGUGUGGGUGGACAUGUGACAUGCCUGAAGCCAGCUGCUUCCAGACUUGUCCCAGGGCCACAUGGUCAUUGGAGGUGCUUCCCGUUCUGGCACCCUGCUGGAAUCUCUGCUCAUGUCAACUUUUUCCUGUGUUUCUUUAUCUAUUUGCUCCUUUAAAAUAUGUAUAUUGUUGAACUCUUAGCCUAGACAAAAAACAAAAACUAAAAAAAAAACUAAAAAAACUAAAAAACUUUAAAAAAAAAAAAGAAAAAUCAUAGAAAACAGGAGGGGUACCACAGGACUGGAGAAGAAAGCAAAUGAAGUCCCAAUUUUUUUCUUAAAAGGGAAGAUAAUAGGAUCUGUAAAUUUUAGACCACUGAACUUGACUUUGAUUCCAAGCAAAAAUUUAAAGCAUAUUAAACAAGGGGUGAUUUUGUGAGUAUUUGUAGAGGGAUUAUGGGAACAUGAAGAGUCGGUCUGGUUGCUCAAACACAGAUGCAACCAGACUAUCUUUGAUUCCUUCCCCCCAAACCCCGCCCCCCCCACCCCAGAUUACUAGGUCAAGUAAAUUCCAUGGAUAUAAUUGCUUGGAAUUCAGUAAGUCAUUUAGCAAAUGAUAUCCUUUUGGACAUAUUAUAGACAUGAAACCUUUGUGUUAUAGUACAAUUAGGUAUAUUUAGUACUGGAUGAACAAUUGAAUCCAAAUAAUAGUGUAUAGAGUCAAUAUAGAGAAUUGUUUCUAGUCAUGUGUCUUUUAGAUGUACCCUAUUCUGUUCAUUACUUUUGUAAAUUAAUCUGCAAAAUUGGAAUGAAGUUAUAAAGCUGGGAGAAAUAUCUCAACAUGAUAGAAUGUCAGAUUGAAUCAAAAUGAAAUUUGACAGAGACAGUCUUAGGUUCAAAAUUUGAACUUUGAAAGUAUGUAGUGGGACUGACACAGCUAGAUAACUUGUCAUUAGAAAAAGAUCUGGGGAUUUUAGUGGACUGCAAACUCAAUAUGUGACAAUACUAUGACAUAGAAUCCCAAAAGACUAAUACCAUCUUAGGCUACAUUUGUAGAAGCAUAGUAGCUAAAAUGAGAGAAAUGAUAUCCUUUCUAUACUCUGGCCUCUUCAGAUCCCAUUUAUGGAAUUAUAUUGGGUUUAUAGCACCACAUUUUAGGAAAAACAUUAACAAAUGUUAGUAUAAUCAGAAGAUGGCAGACAAUGGGAAUUAAUUGAUUAAUUAAUUAAAGCAUUUAAGUACUAAUGAUGUGCCAAGCACUGUGCUAAAUGCUGAGGAUACAAAUACAAAAUGAGACAGUUGCAGUCCUUAGGGAGCUUAUAUUCUAACACUUAUAGUUUGAGUGGUGGCCAGGGAAGGGUUAGAAAGUUAUAGGGAGGGUGGGUGGUAGACCCCUGAGGGACUUGAUUGACAUGCUUUUUCUAGUAGCAAUGGCAGUGUUGAUUCAAGUCUGGUUCUAGAGCUGAGGAAGAGGCAGUGUUCUAGGGCUGAAAGGGUUAAGUCCUCCAGGAUAUCUUCUCUGGUCUCCAGUAUUCUGCAGUAGGGCAGAUGGUAAGAACAUGUUAUUUGGUCAUUUUUCACUUGUGCCCAGCUCUUUAUGACCCAUUUUGGGAUUUUCUCAGCAAAGAUGCUGGAGUGGUUUUCCAUUUUCUUCUCCAGCUCAUUUUUACAAAUAAAGAACUGAAACAAAUAGAGUUAAAGUAACUUGCCCAGGGUCAUACAGAUAGUAAGUGUCUGAGACUGGAUUUGAAUUCAAGAAGAAGAAUUAUCUUGACUCUAGGCCCAGCAUUCUUCUAUCCACUGCACAAUAUAGCUGCCCAAGAACAUGACUGGGAUAUAAAGUGAAACAUGGCUGGGGUCAGUUAGGUGGAGAGGUAUGGUAAAGGGACUAAGCCAUACAAGAAUCAGUUAAAGGAAUUGGGCAUGUUUUACCUAGAAAAAAUAGGUCAGAUGGCCUUCAUAUCCCCCAACACACUAGACCAUGUGGGGAAGGAAGCAUAGUCCUUGUACCAUACUGCCACUUGCAGAUACUCCCUCUAUAACCAUCCUUCAGCAGCCUCUCUUCCUUUGAAGUUGGCUCAAACCAAAUAUAUCAUCCUAUGAUUAACUGUGAUAGACUUGGCUCUUCUCAGCAUUAUGAUGAUCCAAGACAAUUCCAAAGAACUCAUGAUGGAAAAUGUUCUCCACAUCCAGAAAAAAAAAAAAAAGAACUGUGGAUUCU